AUGGUACAGAGGCCACUAGGGAAGAAGAAAGCCGGCAAGUCCGCCACCCAAAGGGUUAAUAAACCCAAACAGGGUAAGGCUAAGUCCGUGGCAGAGAAGAUAAUGCAUAGGAUCGGUGGCACUCGACAAAGAGUGAUGGAAGCCCAGUUGGCGGCUGAGGCAACACAGACGAAUGCAGCACAAGGAAGCACUGAUCUCGGCCUGGGAGGAGGGGCUCGUCCUAGUGUCGUUAAGGUUGAUAAGCAGCUGUUGGGGUCGGCUAAGGCGAUGAAGAGGAAAGGAGGAGGAGGAGGGUCACAGAAGAGGAAGUCGGGUGGCGGAGGAAAACAGUCGAAGAAAUAA